AUGCGCGUAACUCGUGCAGCUUUGCGAGCUCAGGUUCAAGAAGAACCCCAAGCGCAACUUAUCCACGAGGAUGCCGACGCGGAUUCCUUCCACACCUCAGCUGACAGCAACGCGAACGCGGAGGACUUGAGUCGGCAACCUUUGAAAGAUAUCACCACCGAGACUAACCCGCCGGGUCACGAAGAUCCUUUUACCGACGAGUCAACGUUAUCGCUCAAGAAGGCUAAGGGCAAGAAGAAAAGUAGACAGCCGAAGAAAGAGACGGUCGAGGCAAACGAUACUGCCCACGAGGAACUUUUGCCUGACGUGGGAGACACACCGGCAGAAACCCACGCAGCCCUCGACUCAAAUUCCACACCGCACCACGUUCCGGUUGAGGCUCCAAAGACCCCCAAAUUCAACCCAGCCAUCCACAAGCCGGUAGAAGGAAUAGCAGCUUCGGCUGACGACGCCGUUGAGGACUCGUUUGUUGAGAAAAUCACCUCGAGAACCCCAGGCAGGAUGCUCUCGUCUGAAGGGGAGAGUAAAUCGCCCGACUCCCUCGUCGAACGGAUCACGUCGCGAACAGCACGAAUUGAAGACUCGGUCGAGGCUAUUGACGCGUUGGAAGAUGCAAUCGAAAAGAUUGCUGAGACACUCCCGGCCUUGGAAGAUCUGAAGAUGGAGUCCCCAGUCAAGUCUAGGAAGAACAGCCCCGCUCGUAUCAACCUUCCAUCAGAGGGCCCUGCUUUGAGGUCAGCCAAGAAGGCCGGGGCAAGCCCAGCACGAACGCAGCGUGAGUUACUUGCAAAGCCACGAACCGCACCUAAAGCUAGCGAUCGACCAAAGCCUCUCGUUUCGCGACAGUCGUCUGUCAAAUCUACCGCCAAACCCGCUGUCGCUGCGAAGCCAGCCAGGAAACCGAUCCCUGACGGACACAAACCUCGACCGACUCCUGCUCAACCUGCACCACCCUCGCUCUCCUUCUCGACCUCCCCAGCUAAGAGCUUGCCAAACACCACCAAGAAGCGCGUUCCUAGUGAGAAUCUGUCAACCAGCAAGCCACCCUUUGUCCCCGCCAAAUCCAGCAAACCACCGACCAAGCCAACGUUUCAACUACCAGGAGAGGCCAUUUCCGCCAAGUUGAAAGCACACCGUGAAGAGCGGCUCAAACGUGAAGAAGAAGCCGAGAAGGAAAAGAAGGUUUUCAAGGCCCGUCCUGUGCCUGCCAAAGUAGCUCGACCUAGUGUCGUCCCACGAGAGAACAAGGCCAGUCAAGCAAGGAUGAGUAUCUACGCCAACGGAAUCAACAAGGAGAAUGUUGCCCCCAAGCCCGCUACUGUUUCGCAGCCAAAACCACGUCCCGUAUCGCUGGAUGCAAAACCUAAAGCGGCAGAUUCAACCGCCACAAAAGCGAACUCCAGCGUUCGACGUACCACCACCACGACCACCACGACCCCCUCAGCCGCGGCACAGAAGCCACGUGUCUCGUCCCUGAUACUGACAACCGGUCAAAAGUCCGCCAUCACCAAGGACGAUGUCGUCCACCAGAAAGCUAAAGGCAAAGAGGUCUUUGGCCGCACCAAAGCCGAACUGGAACGCGCGGAGAAAGAACGACGGGAGAAGGAAGAGGCCACCCGGAAGGCGAGGGCGGCGGCCGCAGAGAGAGGGCGGCAGGCCAGUCGCGAGUGGGCAGAAAAACAGAAGAAGAAGAUCGCCCAGCAGGCACAGGCUAAGAUUCUGGCGGCCAAGGCAAGCGAGGGUAUUGAGCAGCAGGUGGGAGCAAGUGAUGAUGCUACUGGCACGGGCACGGUGGCCGCUGCUUCAUAG